UCAUGAGAUGUAAAUACAGAUAUUCACACUCUGUCGGUGCUACUUAAAAUCAUACGUAGUAUAAUACCAGUGAAAUUGGCUUCCAGCAAAAAUAAUUUUAUUAAUUUUGCAAUCUUCCCAAAAAUUCUAUUGCUUAUUUUGCAAAUAUAAUAAAAUACACUUAUUGCAUUGUUGUGGUCAUAAUUCUUGCAAAGUUCUGUGCAAAUUACUCUUGUUAUCGCUGUUUACCUGACAUUUAUCAAAAAUGAUUGCCAUCACAAGUAUUCUCUGGAUCUUUUUCUAUCUCGUAAUCUUCCUCAUCUCGUACCUGGUCUACUCCAGUGUCCGCAAUGUCCUGUUUUUCCGUUCUAAGAAAAUCCUUUAUCUGGGCGAUGUUCUUGGAAACGCUCUUUACUUCCUCUACUACAAGAAAAAAUCCAUGUUUGAUCUUCUGCAAGUAAACUAUCAACAGAUGAGAGAAGCACAAACAACUGUCGCUGGAAAUGUGGAGGUGAAUGGCGUCGUGAAUUACAUGGUGAUCGACCCGGAAAUGUUGAAGUACAUCUUUGUCAAAGAUUUCGACCACUUUGUCAACCGACGCUUCAAAUUGCCAGAGAACGACGUUCUGGUCACAAAAAUGCUCAUAUUUGUGAAUGACGAAAAAUGGAAGGGAUUGCGGUCAAAGUUGAGCCCUACCUUCACCACGGGAAAGAUUAAGCGCCUCUUCCCCCUGUUCAGCGACAGUGCCAAGAAGCUCGUCAAAUACGUCGACAAACUGAUGAAGGAUUCGCCCCAUGGCGAAAUCGACCUGGGAGACGGAUACUCAAAAUUUACAAUGGACACAAUUGCGUCCGCUGUUUGUGGCAUGAACUCUCAAGCCUUUGAUCAAGCGGAACCUUCAAUUUUCGAACAGAUGGGAAAGAAAUUGCAGUUUACGUUCAGCGCCAAGAAUUUUUUGCGAUUUACGGUUCUCUUCGCAUUUCCAAGGUUGGCUAAAUUGAUGAGCGUUACAAUGUUUGGGGAGGACAUGCACCAAUUUUUCGCAGGGGCAAUAAAAUCCUCGAUUAAAGAGAGGAACACGACGGGGCAGAAGGGAAACGAUUUCAUCCAGUUGAUGUUGGAGGCGAGGGAGGAUAACUUGAAGACGGAGGAGGAAGAAAUGUCCAAUUUUGAGAAGGACGCCAUCAUCAAGGGCGAGGUCAGUGGUAAAAUUUCCGAAAUGUUGGACGACGAUGGCAUCGUGUCGAAUUGUGUUCUCUUCAUUCUGGCCGGAUUCGAUACGACUCAGUCGCUCUUACUUUUUUGUGCAUAUUCUCUCGCAAUUUAUCCAGAAAUUCAGGAUAAGUUGAGAAAAGAGGUGGAGACCGUUUUGGAAGAAAAUGAUGGCGAUUUCACGUACGAUUCGAUACAUAGAAUGACAUAUCUGGACAUGGUGAUUAAUGAAACGCUCAGGUUUUACCCUCCAGCGCCCAUUACGGAUCGAGCUUGCACUCAAGACUACUUACUUCCUGGGACGGAUACCUUAAUCAAGAAAGGAAGCGCAAUACUUGUUCCGAUCAUGGAAAUUCAUCACGACGAGAGAUACUAUCCCGAACCUGAAAAGUUUGAUCCGGAACGAUUUUCGGCAGAGAACAAGGGAAAAAUUAAUACGUAUACUUUCCUGCCGUUUGGCCAAGGACCGAGAAAUUGCAUUGGAAUGAGAUUCGCCUUGACAGAAGUUAAACUUGCGAUUGCCCAACUCGUCCAUAAUUUUGACAUCCAACCCUCCAAGAGAACAAUGAUCCCAAUGGAAUUUCAAAAUGCAGGAUCUCUUAAACCUAAGGAUGGCAUGUGGCUGGCCCUUAAGCGAAGGUCAGGGACGAUUGAAGAAUAAUAAUUUUGAUGGCCCUACACGGAGUUCUAGAUUUGUCUAACAGCAUUAUUGUAAAUACAUAUAUGCAAAUAAACAUAUGCACAUAUAUGCAUUGUCCGAAUUAAUGUGAAA